AUACUGUGACCUCACUGCUGCAGGACCAAUGGUCCAAUCCGAAUCCAUUCACAUCAGUGUCUAUACUUAAAGACGUGAUCGACGUGCCCAAUAAACACACAGAUAGAUUCUUAAAUACACCGAGUAACUGACAGAAAGGCUUCAGGUGUGAUCUUCAGGUGUGCAGGACGCUGAAAACGUUUGUCUUGUCUCCAGGGUUUCAUCUGUUCCGACUGAGAUCUCUGAAAUGGAUCGAUCAGCACAGGAGCUGUUCCUGAACUUCAUGGUGGUGUUGAUCACAGUUCUUCUUAUGUGGCUCCUGGUCAAACAAUACCAGGACGCAUAAAGAGCUUCUCAUCAUGUGAUGCUGAACUACACCACUAGAUGCUGAUGUUUCUGCAAACAGAAGACUGAGCUGAACUUCAAAUGACGUCUGCUGAGCUGCUUUUCAGAAUGAUUUUAUACAAUAAAUAAAUGAAUGUUUACAGAUUUGAUCAUCUGGAUGUUUCAUUUGUAAACUGAAGGUAACCUUCAGAUGAAUGAAAACCUGAAACACUGUACGAAUUUUUAAGCCAUUAUUUAUUUACAGUAAAUAAACAUUUCUUUGGCAAUGCAAA